GCAAUAGUGGUUCCAUUUAUAAAAUAUUCUAGAAAAUUUUUGCUCUUCAGUUGCCAUACAUCGAUGCUAGAAUUUUGACAGCGAAGCCACGAAGUGUCAGUUUUAUUAGAAGUGUUGUUCUUGAUCGAACAAGAAUUCUGUGUAAUCCGCAAAUAAAUAAAGAAACUUAAAUAAUGCCUCGACGUGGAAGAUCCGCAAGCCCACCGCCAGCGCCUCAAAGGAGGGCUGCCCCUCCACCAGCUCCGAGCCGAGUCCCAGCUCAUGCUCCUCCAUCCACCCCGGCUCCAGCUAUGGCUCAACCCCAACAGCCUUCUAUGUUUGGGCAGAUGGCAGCCACUGCUGGAGGUGUCGCCGUUGGAUCAGCAGUGGGUCAUGUAGCUGGUAGUGCUCUCACUGGCUUGUUUAGUGGCGGCAGCAGCAGUGAACCUGCGCAGCAGCAAGUCCAAGCGCAGCCACCGGCUCAGACUCUCAACCAAUACCAAAACCAGACUCCUCAGGGUCCUUGUGCUUGGGAAAUCAAGCAGUUUAUUGAAUGUGCUCAACAACAGCACGACUUGACCUUAUGUGAGGGCUUCAAUGAGGCUUUGCGUCAAUGCAAGAUUAACAACCAUAUUUAAAUUAAUUUUUCAAGGUGCCAUUAGAAAAUAAUUAAAUUAUUGUCAUAAUGAUUUAUUUUGCUACACAUCUUCUUAUGUUGUACAAGAGAUUGUAUAAAUCUAUCUUUAACAUAAAAAGUUCUUGUAGAAUAAAAACAUUUUAUUUCGAUAAACAGAUGGGGCACC